UGGCUGUCGAAUAGAAAAUUUCUGGAAUUCACGUUCAAUAUGAGGAAAGACUAUCAUAUUACUAUGUAGUUUAUGGCAAACUGGCAAUGAACCGCGAAAUAUAAACUUGAAAUGCCAUCAAAAACAACAAGAACUUCGAAUGUUUUUCAAGAUCUGACAAGGUUACUGAUCAAGCCGAUUAUUCGCAAUGAACGUUAAUCAUUCCGCGGAGAAUCACACGUCAGAUUACAAGCGAAAUGAACGACAAGAAAUACUGAUCGCUCCACCAUUGGAUUUAUCAUUUAGGAAGGCCACCACGAUGGAAGAAUUGAUGGAAAAACGUGCACAAAUAAUACGUACGGGAAAAGCACCAGUAAGAACGUUUAAGGAUCGUUACAUGACCAGUACAUUAUGGCUAAGUAACAAUCUAUUGACUUCAAUGGAAGGCCUUCAACGUCUGGUCGAUAAAGUUCUUAAUGAUCCAAUAUAUCUCAGCUGGUUGGAUCUAUCGUUUAAUGAGAUAAACGAAAUUGGAGAAGAUAUUGAGAAGUUUAUAAAUUUGAAGAUACUCUAUUUGCAUGGCAACAAAAUUUCAAAUAUUGCAGAUACUCUGAGAUUGAGAAAACUGCAAAAUCUCAGAUCGUUGACAUUACAUGGUAAUCCAAUUGAGGAUGUUCCCUGCUACAGGGGUUACAUCAUACAUCUUCUCCCACAACUGCUUGUUCUAGACUUUUCACCAGUGAUUGCUGCUGAGAAAAAAAAGGCACUACCUACAGGAUUCUUUAAGAUGAUACAGCCUAGGAUAUGAAUAUAAAAUUUUAUUUUUUUUACGUCGUAUUGUAUUUUAUAUACAUACCUUUCUAUUUUUAUAUCUUAAUAUAUCAAGCAUUGAUUGAGAUUGAGGUGUCUCAGCUUUGCAAAAUUUAUUCGCAUGA